UUUUUGAUAAUAGAUAUGGCCAGCUCUUCUUCUUCCUUACCAUCAAUGGAGUUUGAUUUUGAUGAGAAACCACAUGUGUUAGCUGUUGAUGAUAGUUUCAUAGACCGCAAAGUCAUUGAAAGGUUACUUAUCAACUCUACAUGCAGAGUGACCACAGCAGAAAACGGAAAGAGAGCAUUGGAGUAUUUGGGCUUAGCUGAUGGACAACAUCCCAAUCAUAGUGAUUUGAAGGUGAAUAUGAUCAUCACCGAUUAUAGUAUGCCAGGAAUGACUGGCUAUGAGCUAUUGAAAAGAAUUAAGGAAUCACCUACCAUGAAGGAGAUACCGGUGGUUGUAGUGUCAUCUGAGAACAUCCCUACACGGAUUAAUCAGUGCAUGGAGGGAGGAGCUCAAGAAUUCUUGCUGAAGCCUCUUCAGCUAUCAGAUGCGACAAAGCUGAGGUGCCAUCUAAAAAAGCUGCAUAAUCCAUUACAAGGGGGCUUUGCAGGAGAAGACGAACAUGCAUAAAAGAUACCAGAAAGACAGACAAGAAGGGUAAAAUGUUGAA